UACCGAAACCCCGAAACCGGAAAACUGCCGUGUCGUCAGAUUUGACGUGUCAAAAAGUUCUCUCAUUAAUCAAAUUAAUAAAAAGUAUCAAACGAUUUUGUAACAUUAAUAGAACUAAAAAAAACAAGAUUUCUUACAACUAUUAUUUUGUUUUACAAAAAGCCAAAAAUUGCAACUUUUAUUCAUUGGAAAAUCAUCAAUAGUUGAGAAUUCGUUCCGCUUCCAGCCGGGCGAUAGAAUAGAAUAGGUACCUACUCGAUUUGUGGUAAAAGUGCCGUGCAAGCCAAGUUUGCUACUUUCCUGAAACCUGAACUAAAAUCGUACAGACAAUCAGAAACGAAGUGUUGUUUUGGCUGGGAGAGCCCGAGAGAUGGUCCACAAUGUAGACAAAUACUUUGAGAAUAAUAAAAAACAGUGUUGCAUUGCUGGAAGAAAUGAAGACAACGAGCGUCCUAUCAAGGCCAGAUGGAGAUAUAACUGUGACUCGUGAAGUAUACGCAAGCAUUUUGAAAACCCUGCAAAACGCUAUCAGAGUGGCUGAACGAGUCCAUUUGGCCACUGGUAUAAAUCAAAAUACAGUAACUCGUAUUCGACGAGUGGCGGGAGACCCAGGUUAGCAGUGGUGAAUUAACGACAUCAAUAAGAACUUGAGCCUAAAAUAAAGCUUGAGGUCGAGGAAAAUAUAGACAAUGAGAAUAACACGGAAAAAAAAUAGUAAAAUGACUUGACUAAUAGGUUAACUGAUGUUCAAAGGGUUAUAUUAAUGUUAUCUAAGUAUGUGUGUCUAAUGUGUACCAAGACCGCUGGCAAGUUACUAAUUACUACUAACGCUAUACUACUGGAUAGCAAUGGAGGAUUUCACGUCUUUGCUGCCAGUUUCUCCUGUUCUCACCAAUGAGCUACUCAGUGAAGCUCUGACAGAAUGGUUUAAGGAGCCUAUGACUUUUACACAUUGGGAGUAUGUUGGAGGCAUGGGAAAAGGCGAAUAUUAUCUAAGCGAAGUGAUUCGAAUCAAAAUCUACGGUGACUCAAACGGCACAUCGAAAUAUGUGCAAGUCGUACUCAAAAACAUUCCCAAAAACGUGUGCAGACGUUUAACAUACAGAAGCGACGAAUUCUUCAGAAACGAAAUCAAUUUCUACCAGAAAGUCAUUCCGAAAUUAAUAGAAUUUCAAUCUAGUAAGAACGUCUCAGAUCCUUUUACAGGAUUUACCAAAUUAUUUCUUGCAUAUAGUGACGGUUUAAAUGACGUUCUAUGCCUUGAAGAUGCAAACGUCGAAGGGUUUGGAGGCCAUACUUUGCGACAAGAAGGCAUCGAUUUUGAACAUUGCAAGGUGACGAUGAAAACUUUAGCCCAAUAUCAUGCAUUAUCCUUCGCUAUAAAGGAUCAAAAACCAGAAUUGUUUGACAGGAUAAGCGAUGCUAUUUUCGAAACUUACCAUGAUCCCAGGCUUUGGGAUUGGUAUAUAAGGUUUUGGAAAAGGAUUUGCGGUAUUGCAAUCGAUGCUGUUGAAAAGGAGUAUCCAAAUUCCAUAUACCUAGAGAAAGUCAAACAGUUUGCUGUACCGGAGAGGUAUGAAGAUAUGAUUCGGGCUGUCAGAGGUAAAACCAAUGGAGUUAUGUCCCAUGGAGACUGUUGGACAAAUAAUUUUUUGUACAAAUACAAUGGCACUGGUCCGGUGAGCGCUAAGAUUAUUGACUUCCAGGUGGUUCGAUGCGCCAGUCCAGUGUUAGAUGUCACAUUCUUCAUUUACGCUUGCACUGACCAGGUUUUGCGGGAAAAGUAUUACGAUGAGCUCCUAAAAUAUUACUACGAGGUCCUGUCUGGACAGAUCAGACAGUUGGGCAGCGACCCUGACAAGGUUUACUCUGUGGAGACAUUUAUGCAAGAGAUUAAAAAGUAUUCCUACUUCGGCCUUGCCUCCAGUUUCGAGUCCACACCGUUUAUUAUGUUAGCUCCUGAAGACGCACUAAGUAUGGAUACUGUGCAGGGUGAUAAAAAGUUGAACAUCGAGGACUUUUGGCAACUACCACCCUUCAAGACCAAAGAAGGUCGCUUGAGGGAGGUCAACAAUAUAGUGCACUGUGUGGACAGAGGCUACAUAUAAAGCGCAUAAAAUACAAAAAGAGCAUAUAAAGCUGCAUAUCAUAAAGAUCAGAAUAAGUUUACAGAACGUACACUUUGUCCCUUGCCAUCAUGUUGGUACCAUUGCAGUUCACACUAUAAUAAACUCUACCUUCCUAGACAACAAAGCAAAAAUGCCAACAUGACGGCAAGAUAAUAGUUAUAGUGAAGGGUCUGUAGUAGCAGCUUAACAUGCACUCACAUUGACAUUCCACAACACUAUAUUUUAGCUUUAAG